AUGUCCAGCAGCGUUCCAGCUGAUAUGGCGCAGCACUCCCUAGGGCUGCCUUGUGUAGGGGUGGCCGCUGUUGCUCUGGCUCCAUCCAGGCUGCCUCAGGGUCUCCUACGAGAGCUGCUGGCCGCCUGGGGAUCUCUCCUCAGGAAACGCCCCUGUGCACCAAAAUCUGCCACUCUGCUGCGGGCCAGGCCGGCUCUGGAACAGCUGCUCUCAGCAACUUUUAGCAAAGUCCCUGCUGACUUGAUAAAUUUGCGCCUCAUCUUGGUAAGCGGGAAAACGAAAGAGUUCCUAUUUUCACCAAAUGAUUCUGCUGCAGAUAUUGCAAAACAUGUGUAUGACAACUGGCCGAUGGAUUGGGAGGAAGAACAAGUCAGCAGUCCAAAUAUCUUGCGGCUUAUUUAUCAAGGGAGGUUUCUUCAUGGCAAUGUGACAUUAGGAGCAUUAAAACUUCCUUUUGGCAAAACAACAGUGAUGCAUUUGGUGGCUAGAGAGACAUUGCCAGAGCCAAACUCUCAAGGUCAACGGAACCGUGAAAAAACUGGAGAAAGCAAUUGCUGUGUAAUCCUGUAAACCCUGUUAGCUUUACCUGCUAAGUGUGAUGUAAUAUAGUCUUUGUCUUUCAUGCUGCUGGAAUAGAAGAGGCCCUACCUUGCUUCAAACACCUGUAGGAAGAGCCUGUCUGUAAAUCCAUGGAACUGAAAUAUUACACGAACACUGUCUCAUUAGUCUUUU